CAGUAUCUUCUUAAAAUGAAAUUUUAUGAUCUUGCAAAGUUCACUAUUUAUCAAAUAGCAGAAAUGAACAAAGGUCUCAUUGAAUUGAGUCCUAUACAGCAAGCCCUCAUUUAUUCAUUUUGUGAGAACCAUGACAAGGCCAUGCAGGUCUUGGACGGAAUCACUUUGAGUAGGCCUGAUAUCACCAUGUGUGCUCUAUUAGCAAAAGCUCAAAUGAAGGCCAAGAGAAACAAGGAAGCCAUGAGAAUGUUCAAAAAGGCACUGGAUAUGUUUUCUCAUUCUGAGAAAGGACCAAAUGCCAUAGAAGCUUCAGCAGACUGUCUAUAUCACUUGGGACUUUGUUACAUGGAGGAAGGCAACUUACAAAUGACUUAUAAACUAGCAAUUACAGAUUUAACUACAGCUAUCAACAUGAGCAAAACUAGUUAUAUAGCAUUUUAUAACAGAGCAUUAUGUUACACCAAGAUAAGUGAACUUCGAAUGGCAUUAACAGAUUAUGGAAUUGUGCUUCUUCUUGAUGCUGGAGAAACUGUGACAUUAAACACCCUCAUUAAUCGUGGACUAAUCUACAUAGAACUGGGGCAGUUCAGCUUUGCAUUGGAGGAUUUUAAACAAGCUGCCCUGAUAAGCAAGACUAGUGUGAGCCUUUGUCAAGCCACUGCCAUGUGCUAUCACAGAAAUAAAGAGUUUGAAGAAGCUGUCAAUUUCUUCACCUGGGCUCUUAAAAUUGAUCCGUGUUUUCUGGAUGCUUACAUUGGACGGGGAAAUUCUUACAUGGAAUACGGACACGAGGAGGCCACCAGACAAGCACAGAAGGACUUUGUGAAAGCAUUGCAUUUUAAUCCAGUGUGUACAAAAGCCAGAAUUUAUUUAAGCUAUAAUUUGCAGGCCCAAGAAAAAUUCCAGAAAGCUUGGAACCACUUUACCAUUGCCAUAGACAUUGAUCCAAAGAGCUGCCUAGCCUAUGAAGGAAGAGCUGUAGUCUGUCUCCAGAUGGGUGAUAAUUUUGCCGCAAUUCAGGAUAUAAACGCUGCCAUAAAGAUCAAUACUACAGCAGAAUUCUUAACAAAUCGGGGUGUGAUUCAUGAGUUUAUGGGUCAACAACAGAACGCAAUGAGAGACUAUCAAGCAGCAAUUUCUCUAAACCCCACAUACUCACUGGCUUACUUUAAUGCAGGAAAUAUCUAUUUUCACCACAGGCAGUUUUCCCAGGCUAGUGACUACUUCUCAAAGGCUUUAAAGUUUGAUCCAGAAAAUGAAUGUGCUACCAUGAAUCGAGCUAUUGCAAAUACAAUAUUAAAAAAAUAUGAAGAAGCAAAAGAAGAUUUUGCAUGUGUAGUUGAAAGCUGUCCAUUUUGGGCUGCAGUAUAUUUUAACAGAGCGUAUUUCUACUGCUGUUUAAAGCAAUAUGAACUAGCUGAAGAAGACUUAAGUAAAGCUCUGUCUUUGAAACCUAAUGAUGCUCUAGUAUAUAAUUUUAGAGCAGAAGUUCGUGGUAAAAUAGGUCUGAUUGAGGAAGCUAUGGCUGAUUAUAACCAAGCACUCGAUCUUCAGGAAAAUACCUCAGUGGUAUGAUGAUAUAGACUGUGGAUUCUGUAACAAUUUAUACAGCUGUUCUACCAGAAAUUGAAACGUAUUUGUUGCUCUAAAAAAAACCAAUUUGCAUUAUCUUCAUCGUUGUUGUAUUCAUUAUGUUUAGGCUUAUGUAACUUUUUAAUGCCUUUUAACAUCUUUUUGUUAUGUAUUAAUUAUAGAACUUUUGGAUCAUUUUCUGCAGAUUUGGAACAACGGAAUAACUGAAUUGCUUCAUAGGGUGCAGAAUUUAAAUGGGAAUAUUUCUUAAGGGAAAUAUUAACACUUAGAAUAUUUUCUUUAAAGUCAGGUAAUUCAUUUAAAAAUAAUACUGCAUGAUUGUAGAAAAAGUGACCCUUUCAUCAAUACCUAAAUGUAAGCUAACAGUACCCAGAUUUAAAUAACAAAUAGCUGAUGACUGUAAAGAAAUUGAAAUCAAGCACAUUUCCUCUCUUCUCCUUUAAACAAUGUUUAUUACAGGUCCGUAUUCUUCCUGCUAAUCAUAUUUUUCCAACAUAUCAACACAUUUCUCUUUUUCAUGUUGCAGGACAGCACCUAUAAGGAUUUUGAGCAUCUGCUUUCCUUGAGAUCCCUCUGCCUUCUUAAAGCAAAUUUGAUAAAUAUAUAGAAAAUAUCCGCAUACCCUUCUAACUAGUGCUUCAUAGAAUUUGACAAGUAAAAAUAAAUUAAAACAGCUAAAAAUUCUUAAUAGACUAUUUUUUGAGUGAACCAGAGAACCCCUUUCAUUUAUCUCUGGUAGUAACAAGGUUUCCUGACUUUGAACUCAUUCAGAUUUGCUUCACUCCAUUUAUUUUCCUUCUUUGUUUCAUUUUUCCAGUACAUCUCCAGCUCCUCAGAGACCAGUUUUCACUGAGGUCAGGCAUUACGGG